CCGCGGCGCGCGCCGCCCGGAGCCGCCGUGCCGAUGCCACGUGGGAGGCGGCGGAGCCGCCGCCGCCGCCGGGCCGGAGUCGCGGCCCCGCUAACGCUGGGGACGGCGCUCGCCGGCCGCCGCGAGGAGGGGAGGUCGCGGAGCCCCCGGGACCGCUCCGGAGUCGCCGAGACCCGAUGGGUGCUCGGCGCGGUGGCGCCCGGCUCGCGGCUCGGCCUCCCGGGCCUAGAGGCGCUGGCGGCGGCGGCCGGGCCUAGGGGCGGCUCCCCGCCCUGGGCGGCGCCCUCGCUGCUGCAGGUGCCGGCGGCGGCCCAGCCGGCCCCGCGGCGGGAUGGCAGCGACCUGCCCGCCGGCGCGCCCGCCGCCCUGGCCGUGCUGCGGCUUCAGCCCGGGGCCGAGGGCUCGGCGCGGGCGGCGGCGGCCGGGGCCGCGCCGCGCCUGCGGACCGUCUACGUGAACCCGCGCUGGCUGGAGCGCCAGGCCGCGCUGGGGGCGGCGGCGGCGGCGGCGGCGGCCAGCCCCUGCGCUGAGGCGGCAGCGGCGAGCGGCGCGGCCGGGGCCCCGGGCCCGGCCCCGGCCCCAGCCCCAGCCCCAGCCCCUGCCCCGGCUCCGGCUCCGGCGGCGGCGGCGGCGGCGGCGGGGCAGGGCGAGGCCGAGGCGGCGGCCACCCCCUACGUGGGGCUGCGGCGGCCACUUGGCUACAAGCUGGCCAAGGCCACCAAGGAGCGGAUCUGGCGGGGGGAGUUCAUUGACCUCUUUUCCUUGCUCCACACAGAGCUGGCCCCCGAGCACGGCCCGCGCCCGGGGGACACGCUGGACCAGUGGGUCUCGGCCUUCCUGGUGUACGCCAGCGUGCUGUGCGAGAAGCACCCGGCGCGCUGCGGAGCCAUGUUCAAGUACCUGGACACCAUCCGCAAGCUGCACGCCACCUACGGGGGCACCUCCUGGAUGAACUACGAUGAGGACUUUCGGCGGCGGGCGGCCAAGAACCCCUCACUGCCCUGGGGCGACGUCGACUUGGACCUGUGGAUGAAGUGGAUGGCGCCUCUCAAGUCGCUUAUCCCCAGACGCCCCCGUGCUGAGAGCGAGACACAGGCCUCGCCGGCCCAGCCGCCACCGCCGGGCCAGAGCCCCAAGCAGGAGGAGAAAAGCCAGACUCCAUGAAAACAGAAGACCAGUUGGAAUGGGAGUCAGACGCCUGACUCCGUUGGUGUUUAAGUGGAGCUCUGGUAUUCUAGUGCAUUCUUUUACCUCUGCUUCUGUUGCGUUGCAAGCUGUGCUAGAGAAGACGUAGGAAAUUCAUUUUACCCAAUCAGCAAUUGUAACAAUGGACUACAAACCUGCAGAGCAAGCCAGUUUGCUGGAAAACAGGAAUUCCUGCAGCGCAGCACUUGUCACAGACUAUCCAAAGAGGGCAAAGAUUCAGGAAGGUGAAUAAAUUGAACACUGGUUGAAUGAGGUCAGGAACACUCUCCCGGAGGAGAAUCCUGCCCUAAAAUACUACUUUGAAAGUAAAAGCCAAUUUAAUGCGCAGAUUAAACCUUCUCAUUUGACCAAACUUGUGUGCAAUCCUGGAUCUUUGCAGAUCACAACCGGACACUUCAAAACCCUGUAUAUUAUAUUUGUUUAAAAAAAAUAAAUCAUAACUUGUCUUGUUACAGCUGUUACUUUUGCCAUUUCAUUGAGAGUAUCUGCAACGUAAAUGUGUAUUUGACUCAGAAAAGUAUCAUACACUCGGGAUAAUAACUCAGGUUGUCAACAGAAUUAUUCUGUGAGGUUCAGUAUCCUCUUUCCAUUGUUCUGCAUUAACCAUUGCUGUCAUUGCCAGGUAGCCCAAUUGUGCGUUACAAAAUUCUUCAUCAAUUAUAACGAUUGACCUAAUUUAUAAUUUUGUUUUUAUCCUAGUAGAAUACUUAAAAUCGUGACCAUCAGACUAGACCUUUGUAGUCUGGUGUUCAUGAAAAUAUUUUUCACUGAUUCACAGUUUUCAUUCUGCAUCUCAGUAUUUUGUUUUCUUCUCCUUUUUCCUUGCAUACUAAAGCGUAUGGCCAAGGUAAUACUAUGAUCCAGUAAUGCGCCUGAUGGUAAGGGUUUAGUUGCCUUUAGUUGUUCAGGAAAAAGGUGCCCUUAUGUCCUCUCCCUUUCUCAAUAUUUCCAAUAAUAUGCAUAACAUAAAGUGUUUGUAAAUUGAUAUCAAACUGUUUGUGACUUCACCUAAAUAAAUUUUUAUAUUUAAAUGCUAUUCUUAAUCUUACCGGGUUUUUUCCUCCCUUGUUCUUGUAUUGCCACUUCGCUUUUGUAUUCACUUUUUUUAUCACCUGACUUUUUACACAAUUUCUGGUUUUCAGUUAUUAAAGCACAACUGAAUUUUAGUUAACAAGUGAAAAUAAAUUAGCCUUUGGAAUUUUCUUCCAAUAUUUUGCAUAAAGACUUCAUAAUGUAGCUGUAGUUGUUGUAGCUUAUUCGUCUUCCAGUUUUUGAGACAGUGAUAGCACAUAUUGGGCCUUGAAAAUGAAAUAGCUUCUGUACUAAAAUACUUAAUGGUCUCCAAAACUGAUCUAGUGACUGCUGAGAUUCCUGCAUUUGAUACAGUAUAUAUUGCACUUUUACACAUUACAAAAGUACUUUUUGUUUUCAAGAAGGGGCUUAAGCUCAACCAUCUGAUCACUCAUGCUGUUUUUCCCUUUUAAGAAAUCAGAAGUUGGUUACUCAGUGGUCUUUGCUGUGUUUGUUACCAUCAUUGCUACAUGAACUACAUGGCUGCUCCAUCACUGCAGGCAUCUCUGCCUGAGCGAGUGCUUUAGUGUCAGGAUUUGGGGAGAGGUCUGGGAAAAGGUGGAUGUGGAGUGAGGAAGAGUGAGCAAAAACUGGUCUCAUCUGUCUCCCUGAUUGUACAAGUGUGGGUCUUAACCUACAGACUCAAAGCAGCAAAGCAGCAAGUUUCGUUUUGUGUGUCCUCUUUGAAAGCAGCAUAGCCAGCUGGAGUCUAAAACACUUCCUAAUGUUCUUUGCUGAGUCCUUCUGCCAAGAAUGUUUGGGGUUUGUUUGUUACUCUCUCCAGCUUUCAUACAGUCUGGUGCCCUUCCUGGCCCUGUCACCGCCCAGUCUCCUGGUUGCUGCUGGUUCUGGGUUGUACCACCCUGUCUUCCAUAUCUUCAGUAGAGAAUUGCCAGAGCUCUACCUUUCUCUCCAGUGUCAGUGGCUGCUCUAAAAUCACUGCCUGCUUUCAUAAUGAAGUUGUGUUUCAUGUUAUUGGCAGUGAUGUUUUUGCAACAUGUGGGACCUCCUCCUCUCUUUGCUGGUUUUCUUCCUCGCUCUGAGCCACCCUGUAAUUUCACUGUGGUACUUGUGCAUCCUUGAUUAGGGUUUAUUGUUGCAUGUGUGCUUUGCCUCUCAUUGCUGUGCUGUAAGAUUCUGCAGGAAAUUUCCUUCCACACUAGUUUCUCAUUAAAAUGUUGGACUUCAAGGGAUUUCUUCAAAUUCCAACAAUUAAGUUACUGCACGGGUUUGCCUCUAUCCUUGACACUGGGGAUAGCCCUUUAGUUAAGUGCUGUGUGAGGAUAGAGCACACACUUGCAGAGAGGCUUGGGAUUGAACCAUGAUUCUGUUCCUCUCGGAGUAACUGUGAUCUGCAGUGGAAACCAGUGAUACAUAGGGAGUUAUUUUUCUAGAAAUACUGUUUCUCUAAGUGCUAUUUCAUAAUAUGGGGGAUGUCUUUGGUAUAGUUGCAAUUUCUUAUUUCUUAUGCUCAAAUGCUCAAAAGAUUUUGGGCAUUUAUUCAAAUGUGCUGCAGAGCUUUUCGCUAAGACUGAUGGAAUUUCCAGUUGGGAAUAUUUGUGAAGCGUGUGGGAAUUUAUUUGUAUGGGAGGACCAGCAGCUUAUGAAAAACCAGUUUUCUAUCAGUUAACUGGAAUUAAAGAGCAUACUUUUGAGGAGUAAUUUCAAAUAAGUUUAUUUUUAGAUAUUUCUAGCAGGAUAGCUUUUUUCCCCACACAGAUUUGCUUUUUCAUGUGCUGGAUUUAUAUGCAUUGUUAUUGCAAAGAACAAAUCAAAACUAAUGCAAUGUGAUUCUGACAGCACAAAACAAGUUGCAAUGUAGGGAUAAGACUAAAAUACGUAGUUCUUUCAGUAAGCUGACGCACUUGGGGAGUUCAGAGUUGAGCUGUAGCAGAAGUAGAGUCAAAUAAUUGGGAUUUCUAACUUCCACCUGUGUGCAGUAGUUCAGUUUGAGGUAUUUGAAGCAUCUGAAAAGACAAGGCUAUUACUACUCUUCUGGCCUUAUUAGUACAAUGAUGUGUCUUUAAAGAUAAGGUGACAGAAUGUUUUGCAUGUGAGGUAGCCUGUUGCAUCUGCAGUUGAGCAGAAUUACUUCUGAUCUCUGAGAUCUUCUCAGUGUGACUUCCAAUUUAAGCUUCAAACAUUGCUUUCCCAUCUUCUGCUGUCUUGAAUCAUCUUACCAGUUCGGUUGUCUUCUUUAUAAAAAUCUGGUGAGCACAGCAGACAUCUUCUGAGGGCAGCAUCUGAUCAGCCUGUCAGUACGUACGGAGCCUUUCGCUCCGUGUGGGUAGUUCUGCCAGGUUGUGUGGUCUAGCAUGAAGAAAGUCAGAGAGUGUCUAAGUGUGGCUGGGUGGAGAGCACACAGGAGGCUCCCCAGCUACCUGCAAGGCUUGUGUGGUUUUGAGAAGCCAGUGGCAUUGGCAUUUUUUUCUGUCCACUCCUCUGGUAAAAUCAAACCCAAAAGCCCCAGAGUCUGUUGUAACCAUUGAGGGAUGUGACUCAGUUCUAGCAGCCUGGGUGUUGGUGGAGAUGUUGCCUGGUGAAGUUACCAAACUUCUUUUUAGGUCAUAGGCUUGAAUAGGGACUGCAACAAUUGAUAGUGUCUGUGGGAGUGCUUUUGGUAGCUCUUCCUACGAAGAGAUUACGUCUCUGAAAACUUGGCUGGAGCAAUGAUAAAGAUCUUAUUUUCCCCUUUUGUUUUGGUACCCAGGUUUGGUUUUUACCCUGUCAUGACGUUUAGCAACCCAAUAAAGAACUUUUUGAUCCAUAAAA